AUGGCACCGUUCGAGGCUCUAUAUAGUAGGAGAUGUAGAUCUCUCAAGGGGUGGUUCGCGAUUGGGGAAGCAGAGUUGAUAGGUCCAGACAUGAUGCAUCAGGCUAUUGAGAAGGUUAGGGUCAUUAAGGAACGGUUAAAAACUGCCCAGAGCCGUCAAAAGUCCUAUUCGGAUAUACGUCACAGGGAUUUGGAGUUCAAAGAGGAUGAUUGGAUAUUCUUGAAGGUUUCCACCGUGAAGUGUAUAAUGCGGUUGGGCAAGAAAGUAGUUGGAGACCCGGAACUCAUUGUUUCGGUUGAGACUAUUGAAGUUAAUAAAGAAUUGACUUUUGAAGAAAUUCCAGUUGCCAUACUUGAUAGGCAACUAGAAAUAAAGAGAUUGCCUCCGUGA